GAGGAGAAGCAACAGCGAACGGGAUACAGCAGUGAAGCACAUAGAGGGGCUGCAAACUGAACAGAACAGAGCAAAGAUUAGCAACACAGGACGAAGCAAAGUAGUUGCAGAAAAGUUCUACAGCACAACAGAGGGAGAAGAGAGCAGGAGCAGGAAGAGAGCAGGAGCAGUCAGCGAGAGUCCAGGACCGGGAGCAGGCUGCAGCCUCCUGCUUUUUGCUGUUUGACAUGCGCCUGAUCCAGAACAUGUCGACCAUCCAGGAGUAUGGGCCGGCGGAAUAUACCGCCAACAACCGGGUGGUUAAGAUCGCGGUGAUCGGUGGCAGCGCCGUCGGGAAAACCGCUUUAGUGGUGCGAUUUCUAACCAGGAGAUUCAUUGGAGACUAUGAAAGAAAUGCAGGUGCUUUAUACUCCAGACAAGUCCAAGUAGAUAGAGAGCAGGUUGCAUUACAAGUUCAAGACACACCAGGUGUUCAGAUAAGUGGACCAAGUCUGAGCUGCAGUGAUCAACUUAACAGAUUCAUACAGUGGGCUGAUGCAAUUGUACUGGUUUAUUCAAUCACAGACUACAAAAGCUAUGAACUUAUCAGCCGUCUCCAUCAACAUGUAUGCCGUGUGCAUCCAGAGAGCAGAGUUCCUGUCAUUAUUGUAGGAAACAAGGCUGACCUCCUUCAUGCUAAACAAGUGGAACCUCACCAUGGCCUUCAGUUAGCAAACAUACUAGGAUGCACCUUCUAUGAGGUGUCUGCAAGUGAAAACUAUAAUGAUGUGUACAAUGCUUUUCAUGUGCUUUGCAAAGAAAUUAGUAAACAACAAGUGAGUAGCAAUAAUGAAAAGAGGAAAACCUCCAUCAUACCCAGACCAAAAUCACCAAACAUGCUAGAUUUGAGAAGAAGGUUUAAGCAAGCUCUUUCUGCUAAAGUGCGGACUGCAACAUCUGUCUGAGGUGGCAGCUGAGGAUAUUGAUAUUCUAAAUUAACGCUGAUGUUUCAUCAUGUGUGUAAGAGACUACAACAAGUCAAACUGAGCAUGAGAAGAUCUGGAAAGACAAUACAAGACUCAAUCAUCUGUGCCUUUGAUCAUUGCUCAGUUAGUAAUUUUAUGAAUUAGUACAUCAUUGACCCGAUUCAUGCUAUGGUGGGAGUAGACUUUUGAACUGUCAGAAAUCUCUGAGUUGCUGUUGAGAGCUGCCUUGAGUUUUUUAAUACAUCUCUGUAUAAAAUGAUGCAAAAGAUGUAGUGGUGAUGAAUAACUAAUUGGGACAAAACUCAUUUCUUUAAUAUAAUUCCUGUUUCUUUGUUUGUGACUUUCCACUUGCUCAAGGGAGAAAGAUUGUAUUUAUGAUUAUAAUUGUUUUAUGCUUACCAACUGCUUUCCGUGUUUUCUCAUAAAAUGAGUUGUAUUCCAAGCAGGAUGAACAAUGAAAAGUGGGCAGUGUAGUGCAUUGCAGGAAAUCACAAAUACAUACCUGAUCUUACCUUGUUUGAAAGCUGCUUACUCCUUGAAGUAGCGAGGUGCAUAGAAUCAGCCUCAUAGUUGCCUCUGCUACGUUACAGAAUGGACUGCUGUGCAAGUAUUUCAAUAAGCUUGAUACAGUCUUGGUAUGUACAGCUUUUCAGAAAGCUAGCUUUUUGAUUCAAGUAAACACAAUUAUCACGUAAGCCAUACUACUCUUUUUGCAUUCCAUUCCAGCCAGUGGGAGUAGAGCCUGACCUCCAUGCCGUCUCAAAUAAUUUAAGACCUUCUGACCUUCAGAUUCCCCCUCUACACACAGUAAUCUUGAUCGUGCAAAGAAAAUAUAGCACAAAGGCCUGCAAUUGAAUCACCCCUGCUCUAAUCUAUGAUAUAAGACCACAGGAAUUCAAUUGCAGCUUGUUAAAUAAAAACAGGCAAAUACUGUCCAGAGAGACAUUCUAAACUGAGCAUUGACACCUGACCUCAUAUGCUAAGUGCAAAGACGAUGGAAGCCAGCUUCUAAAUGCACUUUAUAAAAGCCACUUGUGCUUUUGCUUUAGUCUAUUUACAGCAAUGAUUCCUCUCCAGAGGACAAUGGAUUUUCCAAUAUUUUAGCAAAUAAACAUUUAAACCAAGCAAGCUGUUUUAUGAAAGACUUUUCAUUAUUUACUUUCACAGUACAUUUUGUCCUUGUCAAGCCUAGGCAAGUGUUUAUUGUCACUGAGUCCAUUUACUAAAUUUACAGUUUGUUUUGCUACCUUGCAUUUUGUCCUUGCAGUGUCUAUUAAGUACCAAGCAUACUUCAGUAACAAAGUACUUUCACAUAUCUGAUCUAACCACUGUAAUUUUCUUCCAACUGUGUCCUUUUUGCACAGAGCCAUGCAUUUUGCUUUGCUAAGGGUUAGGGUUGUCAAUUAUUGAUUUCUGCUGAAAAAUGCAACCAUGUUCCUUGCAUUAAACUAGUCAAACAGUUCACUUUCAACAUCAAAUGAAGUCACACUAAACAAUUUUAUUUGAGGAAGAUACAUUCAACUAAAUUCAUGUUUUGGAAUAAGUGGAUGUGAUGAGUGGGCUCUUAAGUUGAAAUCUUUUCAAGGACUAACCCUCUUCCACAAGGGUAGCUUGGUCUAAUGUGGUAGUCCAACCACUAUUAGCUAUUCAGUGCAGUAAAAUCUGUUUUCAGUCAAAUGGAAGUUCAUCACAUUAGUGCUUAUUUCAGUUGUGAACUAAAUCACUGACUACAACAGUAAUCUGUACUAUUGGUAAAUUGAAACAAGAUGUAUAAUUAUAUAUAUAGGAUUGGAUUAUUUAAAUUUUUAAUAAGAUGCAGAACAAUAUUUACACACAGGUCUAAAAGUUUCCAGACUUCAUUUAGCCUCAAUAUCCCUGAAUUAGAUUAUGAUUAAAUUGUGUGUGUGGAAAAGUGUUUAUGGCUUAAGUGUAGGCCCUGGGGUCGACAACCAAUGUAUGUUUUAAAACAGGUAAUAAAACCAUGCAAUCUGAAAACAACUGUAAAUUGAGGACUAAUAUUUGUAUAGUAAUCAAAGAUGCCUGCAGCGUGACAAUUGUGCAUCAAGUAAUAAUUAGCUAAUUUACUUUCCUUCCUUUCCCUUUCCUUGCAGUAUGCUGUUUCCCAUGUCCCUGGUAAAAAGAAAACUUUCCGUUCAGUACAAUCUGAUAAUUUCAAAAUUUUAAUAUUUUCUUUGGGAAAACCAGUGAACUCAAUUGUUCAUUUAUUUUUACACCUGCCCUAUAAUGUAGUCUUUUUAAAAUGUAGUUUGUAUAUUUCACUUGUCCUACGUUGAGUAUCCCCAUUUCCUGUCACUGUUAACCCUGACAAAUUAUGUCUGGUUUUUACAGAUGCUAAUUGUUCUUUGUACUUUACUCACAUGAUUGUGUAAGUCUCAACAGUAAAUGUUAGCCAGGCUAUUUGACCGUGUAGGUUAUUACAACUGAGCAACCACACACAUGGACUUCCACCAAUGGUGGUUAGUUGAAUGGGGAACCUUGGCUUCACCAUCACCCUUUCAUUUUCCUGUCCCGGCUGAGGACGGAAAUCAGAAUGUUCUCAUGCUACAGAAAUAUGAUCAAACUUAGAGCUUUUGUAGUUGGAAUGGCUUUGUUAUUUGCUGGAAGAAAGGAUUGUUGGAGGAAGAGGUGUUUCAUAAAUACAAGUUCAUGUGCCAGCUUCUAUUUGGCUGUAUCAGAUUUUCCUGCAUUGCAUAGAAUAAGCCUCAAACUGAAGAAUUUUAUUAAUAAUAUAGCAAAUGCACACUUUUAAAAAUUAUCAUUGAUUUAGUACACCACAAUAUACUGCAACUGUUUGGAAUCUAACUUAUAACUGGUAGAAAUACCUCUUGUCUGCUCUUCUGUGGUUAUGUUCAUGCCUGGAUAUCCUUGGAGAGGGAGCAUUGUAGGGUCCAUCAAUGCUUUCAAUGCCUUUGGAGUUGGCACUGUGGGGGAUAGAGUGCUUUAUUUUCCCCAUUCAACUCCAUUUUCAUUUAGUCCCUUCCUCCUCAUGCCAUUC